UGUCAGUUCCUGCACACUGCUUUGUAUGGCUCUGCAUAGCAGAGCCAUACAAAGCAGUGUGCUUACAGUGUAAAGCGCACACACAGCACAUAAUCACACCCUUUGAUCGCCCCAGAUGUUAACCCCUUCCUGCCCAGUGCCAUUAGUACAGUUUCAGUGCUUUUUAUUAGCACCGAUCACUGUAUUGGUGUCACUGGGGAUGUCAGUGACACCAAGUCAGUUCCCCCCCCAGUGUCAGAAUGUCCGCCGCAGUCCCGCUAUAAGUCGCUGAUCGCCGCCAUUACUAGUAAAAAUAAGAAAAAAAAAUUCAUUAUAUACCGCCAUUUGUAAACGCUAUAACUUCCAUGUAAACCAAUUAAUUUA